AUGGCUUCCCACGACGGCAGCCGUGGCCACGCUCGCUUCGUCCGAGUACGACUCUCGGGAACCUGGAACAUGCAGUCCGUGCGCGAGCUUCUCCAACGACAGUACGAGCUUCUCCAACGGCAGUACGAGCUUCUCCAACGACUGUACGGAAAAAGUGCUUGCGUGCAUGCAAACCUUGCCCUCGGCGCGGCGCGCAGACGACGUCGCAUGACAGCACCUCUCCGUCGCCUGCCGAAGCGCCGCUCGAGCCAUGGGGUUUGCCCCCAAUGUGCCGUCGACGCCCUCGCCGAGUCGCUCGGUGCGGCUGCACCCUCGCCUUCUCUCCCUCGCCUUGCUUCCGUCCUUCGUCGUACGCCUACCCCCCCUCCAUUACUCGGCCAUCCAUCCAUCUCUCCAAGCAUCCAUCUCAGUCCUGUUCUGGAAAUCGCGCUUGUCUCAUCGCCUCGCACUCGCGGCUACUUUCGACCCCCCACGCCCGAACUGGACUCGCCCACCUUGCCAGCUGUUUCGCAUCCCUCGCUCCAGCUGCUUCCGCCGUAUCCAGCACCCCCUCCCCCCUUUCCCCGUGGCUCUCUGCGCUCUGCCCUGACCCCUCUUUCGAUCGAUGCUUGCCGUCUUGCUAGUCCCCAGCUCUCUGUCAUGAGCAAGUGGGCAAGUUCAUCAUGGCGCUACGAUGCUGAACGAGCCAUGCUGGCUGCACGUACCGCGCUCGCCUCUCAUCUCGUGUCCUAG